GUUUAAUUUAACACAAUUAAUUAAUUAACUAAUUUCUUGAGAAGUCAAAUUUGUUCUUCUUAUGAUUCUAUAUUAGUCCUUCUUGAGAUCAUAUCAUAUCAUAUAUUUGCUAAAUAAAUAUUGUUUCUUUUACUAUUUUUGGUGUUUUUUUUUUUUGGAUUUUAGGUUCUCAAGAUUCUCUGUAAUUGAAAUAUUAGCUCUGCUUAAAUGAGCUGGAAAAAUAAGAUUAGAGCUGUAUUUCAGGGUAAUACACAUGAGAUUGAGCGCGGAUGUGGACAUACUAUUAAGUCUCAUGGUUUAUCCGUUGCAAGAAUUCACAUCCACGACUGGCUUAUAUUGCUACUGCUUGUUGUUAUAGCUAUAGUUCUUAAUGUCAUCGGUCCAUUUCAUCGGUUUGUUGGGAAGGAUAUGAUGACUGAUCUGAAAUAUCCGAUGAAAGAUAAUACAGUUCCAGCGUGGUCUAUUCCUCUAUAUGCAGUGUUAUUGCCUAUUAUAAUCUUCGUUUUCAUCUAUCUUCGGAGGAAGGACGUUUAUGAUCUGCACCACAGCAUUUUAGGUAUUUUAUUUGCCAUACUAAUUACAGCUGUAGUUACUGAAGCCAUCAAGAAUGGAGUAGGACGUCCUCGACCAGACUUUUUCUGGCGUUGCUUUCCUGAUGGUAAAGAUGAGUAUGAUCGGUGGGGAAACGUGAAAUGUCAUGGUAAAGAAAGUGAUAUUAAGGAAGGACAUAAGAGUUUCCCAAGCGGACAUACAAGUGCAUCAUUUGCUGGUCUCGGGUUUCUAUCAUUGUAUUUGGCUGGGAAGAUUAAAGCAUUUGAUCGACGAGGGCAUAUAGCUAAACUAUGCAUAGUUUUUCUUCCUCUUCUAAUGGCAUCUCUUGUCGGGGUCUCACGUGUGGAUGACUACUGGCAUCAUUGGCAAGACGUAUUUGCUGGAGGACUGAUAGGUCUUUUCGUUGCAGCGUUCUGUUAUCUGCAGUUCUUCCCAGCUCCAUACCAUACUGAAGGAUGGGGACCAUAUGCAUAUUUCCGGGCAGUGGAGGAGGUUCGUGUUAGCAGACAACACGCCACCCCUACCAACGGAGGAGUAGAGGUAGAACAUUCCGAGGUACAACUGAAUCAGCAAUCUGGUACAACUACCAUUGCUUUUGAGGAUGUGGAGAAUGGCAGAAUAUGAGACAUGUAUAAACACUGUAUACUUAUGCUUAUAUCUAUAGCAAAGUUCUAUUAGGUAUUUGGAAAUAUGUAAAAUGAACAAGCAAAGAAAUUAAAAUUUAGUAAGAAUCGAUCGAAUCGAGUUAUGAUCU